UGAAGUUCAAAGUUCAAAUGUUACUGUAAAAAUAGGGUACUCGCUGGAUGGCUGUGUGGUCGUUGGGAUAAUAAACAGCUUGGUGGUCAAAGAGCUAAUAGGUUACCACCGCACCGAGUACUGCCAGAGGAAAUCGAAAAUGGCCUUCAGCUAAUCGGCGCCUGCUCUUGCGCUGUUGUCGGCGGAUUUACAGAAAGACGGCUUGCUGGGUGCUAACGUUAGCACGCUAGCUUGCCAGGAGCACAUAGCAACUGCUGCUAGCUAACGUCACUGGACUGGUACUCUUUAACGUUACCGUCAUAGCUUUAGCUAUGUUCGUCCAGGAGGAGAAGAUAUUCGCCGGGAAAGUGUUGAAAAUACACAUCUGCACCAUGGACGGCACGGAGUGGUUGGAGGAGGUCACGGAAGACACCACUAUUGAGAAACUGAAGGAGAAGUGCUUGAAACAUUAUGUGCAUGGAAGUCUAGAAGACCCCAAAACACUUACCCACCAUAAACUCAUACAUGCUGCUACGGAGAGAGUCCUCACUGACACCAAAACUGUCGCUGAUGAAAAUCUCAAAGAUAAAGAAGUUUUGCUGCUCAUAAAGAAAAGACCGCCACCAACGCCUCCAAAGAUGGCAGAUGUUAGUUCAGAUGAAAAGAAGAAACAAGAUAACAAGGCUCCAGACAAAGAUUCAAUUCUAAAAGCUACCGGCAACCUGUCCACGCGCCACACUGACCGCACUGUGACCCAGCAUAACAUCAGAGAUUUUCAGACGGAGCUAAGAAAGAUCCUGGUUUCUCUCAUUGAAGUCGCCCAGAAGCUUCUUGCCUUGAACCCUGAUGCUGUUGAACUCUUCAAAAAAGCCAAUGCAAUGUUGGAUGAAGAUGAAGAGGAUCGGGUGGAUGAAACAGCCCUUCAGCAGCUCACCGAGAUGGGUUUCCCAGAGAGCAGAGCCAUCAAAGCUCUUAGAUUGAACCACAUGUCAGUGACACAGGCAAUGGAGUGGCUUAUCGAGCAUGUAGAUGACCCCUCUGUAGACGCACCAAUACCUGGCCAGGACUCUUCUGGGGCAGCAGGAGCCACAGCUUCCGCCAUACCAGGCCCCUCAGCCUCUGGUUCGAACCUUCUGCGCAGCCUCUCCAGCCAGUCGAGCACAGAGCACGAGUGCAGUAGGCAGGACGAGCUCACAGAGAUCUUUAAGAGGAUCCGCAGGAAACGGGAGUUCAGACCAGAUUCAAGAGCUGUCAUUGCAUUGAUGGAGAUGGGGUUUGAUGAAAAGGAGGUGAUUGAUGCUCUGAGGGUGAAUAACAACCAACAGGAUGCUGCGUGCGAGUGGCUGCUGGGAGACAGGAAACCUUCUCCAGAAGAUAUGGACAAAGGCAUCGACACCAACAGCCCGCUUUUCCAAGCCAUUCUGGAGAAUCCAGUGGUCCAAUUGGGUCUAACCAAUCCCAAGACUUUGCUAGCAUUUGAAGACAUGCUGGAGAAUCCUCUGAACAGCACCCAGUGGAUGAACGACCCUGAGACUGGCCCAGUCAUGCUCCAAAUAUCCAGAAUCUUCCAGACCCUCAAUCGCACAUAGAGCCCGUGUGACUGUGGCAGCUUGUGUGUGUGUUUGCGUGUGUGUGUGUUCUUCUGAGUGUGGCAGAGACACAAGUAUUGUUUUUGCCUUGUAAAGACAAGCCGGAGGAGUCAAAAUAUGAAUUAAGAUGUUCUACAUAUAACUAUUUAUACCAGUGCAGUAAAAAAACACUUAUACACGACAAAUGUUAACAGAAUUGUUAUUAUUACAGUAAUAAUAAGAAAUGGAGAUAUAGUAUGUUGUUUUUACAUUUUAAAGAGAUCGAUUUAUAGUUAUGACAGACAUGAUUUAUUUUAUAUAAUUUCUCCAUGUGCAAAAAUGACAUCAGACAUCAAUUUAAUGUUUACACUUCAAAGACACCUGUUUUUGUAUGUUUUGCAAUAUUUAAAUAUCAAUUACAGUUCUGUCUGACUCUUAAUUGUUACAUUUCUUCAGUGGUGAAUUGUUGGAAGACUUCUGUCAGUAUCAUGUUUGGUUUUUCUUCCCCCGUUGUCUUGUUUUUAUCACUUCUUGAAAUUGAGAGGCUGGUAGUCAAAACUGUUUAGCUAAUUGAAAAUGGGCUUUGAGUAACAUUACCUCUCUCUCCAUUCAUGCCUGUGAGGUCACUGUAAGUCAGCCGCCUCUCAAUUUAAAAAGGAGAACAUUUGUCCUUAAGCGUCUUCUAGAAUAUUUAUUUUACUUUCUUGCCUUUUUAGACAAAAGCUGUAAACAAAAAUGUGUGUGUCUUAGUCAUGUUUUUACAAGAAAAUUAUAUAUUAGGCCUGUGUGUUUAUUGUCAAUGUGCUCUUGAAUGUCAUAUUAUCAUGUUGCGCUCAUUUAGCACUUGUUCACCUCUAUGAAUAUCAUUCACUGCAGCAAUGAGGAAGUGAAAACGGGGGUUCAUGUUUUUUCUCAAAAGGCUGUAGUGGGAUGUUAAAAGAAGCUGAGCCUAAUCAAAAGGUGUUUGCCUUUUUUAACCUGUAAUCUGAAAAUAUGAAGAUGCAUGCUCACUUCAAGCUGCGAAGGUGCAAGCAUCCUCAUACACACAAAGAUAUAAUGGAAUUUGAGACGCAACUUUUUUUCUUUUGAGAGCAAUGAACAUUUAUGCUGUCAAACCAAACCAAAAUGUCACUAAAUAACCUGCCUUGUCAUUAGAUGUACCCAUUGUAAAAUACCCUGUAUUUCUGUGCAAUAGCAAGGACUUCUGUUGACCUGUAAAGAAAUAUAUUUGGUUUGAGUGUUCGAGAUGUGUGAACUACAAUGGGUAGUGUGUUACACAAUAUUAGCCUUUGCAUUGAGUACUUAAAAGCUCCAGCUACAAGAAGGUGAGCUGAGUUUCACCUGGUUGUACUGAGAGUUAAAAACAGUAUGGAGGGUGGUGUGUUUUGCCAAGCUUUUGAGUGUUUUUAUUCAAUUUUUAAAAAUGUGGUAUUGAUGUGACUUUCUGCUCAGGGAGGCUGAGAUUGUUUUUCUAAACCUGUCAUUAUGGCAAACCUCUGCUCUCACCCCCUUCUAGUUUGGCAUAUGAAAAUGGCUUUAACUAAUCUGUUUCAAACUUUGCUUAUGAAUAAGAGCACCACAAAAUUUGGUUUCGUAAAUGCAAUAUUUGAAAAUAUUUAAAUGUUUUUAGAGAGAAGUGUCUGUUUGAACUAUGUAUUAUUACAUUAUUUAUGUCAAAGCCAAACUAGUAACUUGUUCUUAUUUAUAACAUUUUUAGCAAACCUCAAAGCUAAUCUUCAAAUGUGAAAAGAUUAAAUGAUUCAAAUGUUGUUUUUACAAACCAUUAUAAAGUAUGCUUAUGGAUUGGUAGGUCAUGGUGUGAUUUAAUGUAUUCCAACAUGUUUGAAUGAAGAAGGAUUUCUACACUUCUACACACCUGUGGCCAGCUGUCUCACCACCUCCAUGCUUUGUACUGGCAUGUAUACAAAAUUGAUUGAAAGUAAUAUCGUAAAACAAGCACUGGGAGAUGGUACGUUUAAAGAAAAGGUUCACAGAAAAUGCAGUCACCUUUAAAAAUGGUCAGAAGGAACAGAAAAGAACAAAUGAACUUUAUUGCUUAGGGACACUGAAGAAUUGUUGAAGUUUGUUGUUUUUCACUUAGCUUUCAUGCAGGACUGUCCCAGAUUAACAACCUAUGCAAUAUACUCUCACUGUUUAUUCAAACAGCCUCAUGACCACUGGCAUCUAAAUCACUAUUGCAUUAAAGUUAUUUUUUGUGGCUGUA